AUGGAGGAACUUACUAAAGAAGGAUUCGAGUAUGUCGAUAGUGCAAUUACCAGGAUUGUUAAUCGUAUUCUGAAGGAGAAUCAUCAAGUCCCUGGAAUAUCUAUUCCUCUUCAAACCAUAAUGGUUGAUCCCCUCAAUAACACCAGUAAGGCUGAGGCUGUUUACACCGUGGAUAGUGACCUAGAAAUCAACAAGGAUGAACAAGGGAUUACUAAGAAUACCAAUGUCACCAAGGAUGUCAAUGACAUUGACAAUAAUGAGCACCCUAAGGCCAAUAUUGAAACUGAUACUAAUGUGGUAGACUUAGAUGAGUACUCUGAAGACGAAUUACUUACUUCCUUGAAUUCGAGUGAAAAGAGUACUUCUGCAGGUCCUGUCAAGAGAAAAGUUGUUACCAAGAGUAAAGGGGUUGGUCCUUCAAAAUCUUGGAGCAGAGUAAUUCCAAAGAAAAGAAAAGAGCGGGAAAGUGUUGAACCUGAAUCUGAUGUUGAAGCAAAUGUCCCUGACAUUCCAUCAAGGAAGAAGCCUACAACCAGUAAGCUUGCUGCUAAAAUCCCUGAAGUUCCCAUUGAUAAUGUGUCUUUCCACUAUGCCUCUAGUGUCAGCAGAUGGAAAUAUGUUCUCCAAAAGAUAUUAGCUGUUGAAAGGGAAUUGGCUCCAAAUGCUCUUGAAAACAAGGAGGUCUUAGCGCUGAUUCAAGAAGUUGGACUGCUAAAAACUGUGUGCAAUCUUCCCAAAUGUUAUGAGAAGCUGGUCAAAGAAUUUGUCGUAAACCUAUCUGAAGAUUGUGGAAAUAGCAGAAGUGCAUAA